AUGUCCGCACCUGAUCAGAUAUUGGAUAGUCUUAAAGAUGAAACAUCACCGAGAACGACGAAUAAAGUACCAUUGGUUGGAUUAUUUGCAGGUAUUGGAAAUAAUGUGAAUAAUAUGGUGGGCAGCGGGAUAUUCUCGACGCCAGGUGUCGUAUGGCGGUUAACUGGGUCGUCAGGAGCGACCUUUUUGUUAUUUUUUGUAGGAGCUGUUAUUUCAAUGUGCGGGUCUUUAAUCUACGCUGAAGAAAGGAUUAUGAUUCCGGAAAUUGGUGCAGAGAAGGCAUACUUGGAAAAAGCCUUCCCGGAACCACAUCGUUUAUUAAGUUAUUUAUUCAGUAUCGCAAUGAUUACUAUAAUUCGCCCAGGCAGUAUAGUCGCUGUGUCCAAUAUUAUGGCACAGUACUUCUUGUUUAUGUUUCUUGGAAUUAAAAAUUCAGAUGAAGUUGAUUAUCAUCCAGAUUAUUUCACAGAUUGGAGAUUUUGGAGACUUCGUGGAAUAUCACUAGUGGCCUUAAUAAUCGCCACCACUUAUCAUCUCUACUCAAAUAUAAUUGCAAAUCGAAUAAACCAAGCUCUCUCAAUUGUGAAAAUGUUGAUUUUAAUGGUCGUCACACUAAUGGGCAUCAUUGUACUCGCGCGUAAUACUUCUAAUUGGCAUGACGCGUUUAAGUCUACUCAACGAGAAGAUAAUGUGGUCUCGGUAUCGGAUUAUGGGACUGCUCUUUUAAUAAUUUUAUUUUGUUAUGAAGGUUGGAAUAAUAUUAAUUAUCAAUUAGAUGAAGCUCGGGAUGUAAAGAAGGAUCUUUUUCGUACCAGCAUUGCUAGUGUUGGUGCAGUUGGUGCAUUAUAUCUUUUAGUAAUAAUGUCCUUCGUAAGCGUCGUCCCGCACUCAUAUAUACUUGGUCACUCUUUUGAUCAAAAUGUAACAUUUCGAUUUGCGAACACAAAUCCAAACGAAGUAAUCGUCACGCUAUUCGCCACAUUCUUCAAAAACGUUACCACAAAUGAAAAAAUUGAUGAUACAAUUCCAUUGUAUCAACUCAUCCAAGAAAACGACAGUCGCGAUAAACUUGCAAGAGUUUUCUCGGCAUGCGUGGUGCUUUCUUCAUUUGGUGCUAUGGCUGC